GGAGGGGGAGGGGGUAUCCUGAUGGGGGAUGGGAAUGGGGGUUGGGAAUGGCUGGGAGGUUGGAGGUUGGAGCCUAAAGGGGAUCCGGGCCAGAGGCGUGGUGGUGGGCGGGGCUCAUCGGGAGAGAGGGCAUGAUCAGAGGCGUGGUCUGGGCGGAGGCCUAGAGCCUGGGCUGGGGGCGUGCCCGGGGGCAGUGCGCCGGAUCGGGGAGUGGCCAGGGGAACUGGGAGAGCAGGAUGGGCGUGGUCACCGAGACAUGGAGCGUGUCCUGGAAGAGGGCGAGGAUUGGAGGCGUGGUCCGAGGAAAUGGGAAAGCAGGUGGGGGCGUGGUCAAUGGAGAGCGAAGGGCGUGGCCACGGCCUGUGGGCGUGUCCGUCGCGGCUCGGGCGGGCUUCAGGUCGCUGCCUGCCGCCCCUCCUCGCCGCGCCUGCCUCCCUGUGGGAGGAUCCUCCACCGGUGGCGGGCGUGUUCGGACCUACGCGGGCGCCGGCCCAGCGCUCUGGUGGCGGGGACAUAGUGGAUCCGCUGUCGGUGGAGGCUUCUCCGAGUGGUGACUGCAUGAGGCCGUGAUCUUGAAGGGACCAGAUGUGCGCAGCUGGCGGACCGCGAGUUGGGAGGGCAGCCCGGAGGGCUCAGGUGCGCAGGUGGGUGUGAACCCGCUGCCCGGAGGACCGGCCCUGAGAACAUGACCACGGCUCAGAACGGCCACGGGAGAGUCGCUGCAUCGCCGUGUCCCACGGACGCCAAGGACCCGCACAUGGUGGCCCCGAGGGUCUGCGCGAAUGGCAGCUGCGGCCCCGACGCCCCUGGAGCCCGGCCCGGGCCGGCCCGCCUGGCGCGCCUCUUCUCUGGGGGCCGCAAGCGGAGCGGGGGCGCCGAGCCAGAGCGGCCUCGCUCGGUGGUGCUGCUGGGGGGCUCCUCUGCCUGGAGCGCGCUGGCCUCCUUCCGCAAGGUGGGCUCCUUCAAGAAGCUCAAGGCGUCGGUGCUGCAGGGCAUCCAGACCCGCGAGGGCACUGCCUCAGGCCGGGAAGGGGCCUGCGGGCGUGAGCGCACCACCCCGGCUGCCUCCCCUGGAAAGCCGGUCCCAGAGCCCCGCGAACCCGGUCCCGCGGGCGCCUCGGACGGCUCGGACCCAGACGAAGCAGACGAUGCCUUCCAGCGCAGCACACACCGCUCCCGCAGCAUCCGCCGCGCCUAUGCGAGGGGCCGCAUCAGCUUGGCGGAGCCCGCCCGCGCCCCGCCGGAGCCACCGGAGCCCCCGGAGCCCCCAGGCCGCAGCGCGCUCUGCGGGCGGAGCAGAAGCAGUGACAGCCUGAGCCUCCUCCGCAGGGGCUCUUCCAAGCGCAGGUCUGUCCCCAGCCUGGCUGAGCUGCGCCCAGCCGAGCCUGCCCCGCCACGCACUUUCAGCAGCUCCUCCGCCGACUCAGACAAACUCGGGGCCCCCGAGCGAAGGACCAAGCGCUGGAAGAGCCCCAUCCGGGCCAAGGACUUCGACAGGGUGCUACGACUGGUGCACAGCGCGGCCGAUGCUGCGUGGAAGCGGGAGGGCAAGGGCGCAGCUCGCUCCCCCGAUACCACGCAGCCCCGGCCUCUUAGCCGCCUGCAUGACGCCUACUCCCGCCGCGUGUCCUGUAGCACCUCGCUACCAAGCCUCGGCCCGCAGCUGGACGUAGACACUAUCCCGGUCCCUGGGCCUCUGCGCAGUGCUGGCUCCUCCUGCCCGUCUGCACAGGAUGCACACAGUGUGCUGUCCAAGGACCCCAGAGUCAGCAGGCAACUCCCAGCGGACCUUGAGCCGCCCGUCACCCCCCUGAGGCCCACUACACCCAAGCCCACCAGCCCUCAGAGCCCAGCUGCCGGGAACGCCCAGUGUCCCGGUCACCUCAGUGUCCUGUCCCUGAGCUCCAUGGAUAGUGAGGACCGGCCAGAGGGUCUUGCGCACAGGGAGCAGGUGUCCUCGCAGGACUCGGUACAGACCACGUGUGACAACAGCAGUGAGGACAGUAGCACCAACAGUCACCCCCAGCUGAACCUCAAUGGGACAGCGGGUCCGGAAGAAAGGAGAGAGGAGGUCUUUACUGAGGAGCCCUGGUGGCCAGGCUCACCUCCAGAAGAAGACAAGAUGGAGGCUCCCAGGCUUGUUGGGCGGAGAUGGGGCUCUGGGAAAAGGCCCCGGCCUCGGCCGCUCUCUGACUAUGGCCAGCUGGUCAAUCGGAGCCUGUCCAUUCCCGAAGACUCCAUUGCCGUGGCUCCCCAGAGAGAAGACUCUGUGGACAGUGACCCCCAGCAAAGGAUGGCCUCCCCCUUGGGCGCUGCACACCAGGAUGCUGCCACUCUCUACCCCCGAGGGGGCCGGCGAAGACGCCCCAUCUCUGUGAUCGGCGGGGUCAGCUUCUAUGGUGCUGGCCAGCCAGAGGAGCUAGAGACACUUCUGACCCAACCUGCAGCCAGGCCGCCAGUGCCAGCCCACCAGGUGCCGCCCUACAAAGCCGUGUCAGCUCGCUUCCGUCCGCUCACCUUCUCCCAGAGCACCCCCAUCGGGCUGGACCGUGUAGGACGCCGGCGCCAGAUGCGUGCUUCUAAUGUCUCUUCAGAUGGCAGUGGGCCAGAGUCAGCAGCCUUGGUGGAUGACAACGGCAGUGAGGAGGACUACAGCUAUGAAGAUUUGCGCCAGGCCAACUCCCGCUUCCUGCAGCCCGGCGGGGAACAGCUGGCCAUCAAUGAGCUGAUCAGCGAUGGCAGUGUGGUGUGCGCAGAGGCCCUGUGGGACCACGUGACUAUGGACGAUCAGGAGCUAGGCUUCAAGGCAGGAGAUGUCAUCCAGGUUCUGGAAGCGUCUAACAAGGACUGGUGGUGGGGCCGGAACGAGGACAAGGAAGCCUGGUUCCCUGCCAGCUUUGUCAGGCUUCGAGUGAACCAGGAGGAGCUGGUGGAGCACUCCAGCAGCAGCCCAGGUGAGGGCCAAGGGGAGGCUGGCACAACCCCCCACAAGCUGGUGGAGAGCAAGCAGCAGAUGAGGACCAACGUGAUCCAAGAGAUCAUGAACACCGAGCGGGUCUACAUCAAGCACCUCAAGGACAUCUGCGAGGGCUACAUACGACAGUGUCGUAAGCACACAGGAAUGUUCACUGUUGCACAGCUAACCACCAUUUUCGGAAACAUUGAAGACAUUUACAAAUUCCAAAGAAAGUUCCUGAAAGACCUCGAGAAGCAGUACAACAAAGAAGAGCCUCAUCUCAGUGAGAUAGGAUGCUGCUUCCUUCAACAUCAAGAGGGCUUUGCCAUCUACUCCGAGUACUGCAACAACCACCCAGGUGCGUGUGCAGAGCUGGCAGGGCUGAUGAAGCAGGGCCGCUACCGCCACUUCUUUGAGGCCUGCCGGCUACUACAGCAGAUGAUCGACAUCGCCAUCGACGGCUUCCUGCUGACACCCGUGCAGAAGAUCUGCAAGUACCCACUGCAGCUGGCCGAGCUGCUCAAGUACACCACACAGGAGCAUGGUGACUAUAGCAACAUAAAGGCUGCCUAUGAGGCCAUGAAGAAUGUGGCUUGCCUGAUCAACGAGCGCAAGCGCAGACUGGAGAGCAUCGACAAGAUAGCACGCUGGCAGGUGUCCAUCGUGGGCUGGGAGGGGCAGGACAUUCUGGACCGCAGCUCCGAGCUGAUCCACUCUGGGGAGCUGACGAGAAUCACCAGGCAGGGCAAGAGCCAGCAGCGCACCUUCUUCCUGUUCGACCACCAACUGGUGGCCUGCAAGAAGGACCUGCUGCGCCGUGACGUGCUCUACUACCGCGGACGCAUUGACAUGGACCACGUGGAGCUGGCCGACCUGGAUGACGGGCGUGACCCCAGCUGCAGCCUCACCCUGAAGAACGCCUUCAAGCUGGUGAGCAGCGCAGGUGACGAGAUGCACUUGUUCUGUGCGAAGAAGCCGGAGGACAAGGUGCGCUGGCUGCAGGCCUGCCGGGACGAAAGGAGGAGGGUGCAGGAGGACCGCGAGAUGGGAAUGGAAAUUUCAGAAAAUCAGAAGAAACUAGCCAUGUUGAAUGCACAAAAGGCAGGGCAUGGAAAGUCAAAAGCAGGCUAUGGAGGAUGCCCGACAACGCCCCCCCACCAGAACCUGCACCCCCUGCAGCAGCGGCAUGUGACCGUGCCCACCAGCCUACCCCAGCAGCAGGUUUUUGCCCUGGCAGAGCCAAAGAGGAAGCCCUCACUCUUUUGGCACACGUUCAACAAAUUCACGCCUUUCAAGAAGUGAGGGGGCAGCCAGAACCCCCACAAACUUGGAAUGAGCUGGCCCCAGUGCUAAAGGACAGAGAGGACUUGGAUUCAUGCCUCUGCCUACAGAGACCCAGUUCCUGUCUCCUUGGUUGGAGAAGGCCCUGGCGCAUAUGUCUGACAAGCACAAGAGCCCUUUAUGACCAGCAGGAGUUGACUGAGGCUUGGGGACCAGGGGGCCAGGGACACACUCUGCAAAGUGCAUGCUAAGUGAUGACCUCAGCACAGCUGAUCACUGCCAUCAGGGGUGUCCCUGAAGGACUGGUGCUGAGUGUUACCUUCACACCCUGUUUGGAAUAAGAGCCACACUGGGGCUGAUGUGAUGCUGCUGCCUACCCCCAGAUGAGAAGGCAGGCUGUCUCCUUUGUGAGGGAUUGGCCACUGCAGUGCCAUGGCCAUGUAUGCCAGUGUCUGGAUUCACACAUUCCAGAUGGCAGUGCAGCUUCAUCAGUAAACCCUCCCAUCCAGCAUGCCUGGGGCUCAAGGCAUGGUAAAGCCUCCUACUGCAGUCUGGAAUUUUCCCGUGUCUGGAACUCUCUAGACAGCAAGCAGUGAGUAACUCCAGCACAGAAACUAUGUGCCCCCACCUAAGGAACAUUCAGAUCUUUCCCUUGGCAGUGUGAUAGCCUAUCUACUUUCACUUUUACUGUGUGGGCAGGGGACUAUGCAAGCACCCCAGCUACAAGGUAUUAUGGGUGCUCCAGCCCCUCCCUCUCAGCAUCUCUCCCUCCACUAUGUCUGACCUUGCACCUGUGAAGCCUUAGCCGUGUGUGCAGAUAUCAAGAAUGCCAGAGGGAUAGCACAGCCCCGCCUCCUCAGGAUGUGAAGCCAGUUUUGUUGCAUGAAACCUGAAAAGAGAUCUCACCAUCUCUGGAGGCUGAGAGACAGCCAUCCCCUUUGUCUCUGCCUAUGCUGUGACUACUCAAUACAUCUGGAGUGGACAGACUUCCCAAGAGAGGCAUCAUUUGAAUUCCCCAAGUGCCCCCAAGUGAGUGGGGCUCACAUCACCCAGCUUGUGGUUUUCCCUGUAAAGCUCUCCAGUUUUGUCUACUACUCUUGAAGAGUCCUUUAUUUCUAAAAAUGAAGAAGCCCAGAACAUCCAAGACAGUGGUGGGGUCUUCUGAACUUCCUAGGUAUGUGGCUCCUCCCUCCUCUGUGUCUGUAGGCCCAGAGUUGUUUCUGAGAGAGGUUCCAGUGACAGCAUGUGUCUAGAAGCCCUGGGAGACACUAUGUGAGGGCCAGUAUUGCAGCAGGUGUGUUGCCCUAAAGCCUAGGGCUGGGGUUUCCCCAGGCACUUUAAUACCCAGAGUCCUGGCUUGAGGCUGCUUCUGUGAGGAAGGGUUCAAUGGAAGUGCUAUAGUUCUGCAUGUCUGAAUGGGAGAAAGAGUGAGAGAGAUUCCCUCUUGAAGAGCCAUCUGGUUCCAGUUGCCUUUCUAGAACUGGCCUUUUUACUUAUACACUAGGAUGGCAUCUAUUUAAAAACCCAACUUCACAGGCUUUCCAUGGCCCCUCAGUGAUAGCUGUGCUGAAUUGAGUCCUCUGUAUAUACAACAGUUUGGAACAAGCAACCUGUUUGGUUGUGUAAACACAGCAGAGGACUCCUUUGCAGAAAUAGAGUGCCACUGUCUAACUUUUUUCACUGAGGACUUAGAUCAAGAAAAAUCCACUCACAGCAUUUCUUUUUACUAUUAUUUUUGAACAGAGGUUAAGAAACACCUCAGGUUUCCAGCCAGUCUCAAUAGCCCUGACUUCUGCUCUCCAUCCCCAACCCCCAACCCCCAGCAGAGUCAGGAAGCUGGGGGCUCUGGUCUAUCUGAGUUACUGUGGUCAGCUGCAUCCAGCAAGGACUGCCUGACCCAGUGCCAGCCUGGGGCACUCCUGCCCGAACUGGACUGACUGGACUGGACUGUCAGCUGACAGUGGCAGCUGUGGAGUGAUUUGUCUAGAACACACUGACUUCAACUUCUUCCCCGAAUGCUGCCUGUGUGUCCUGCUGACACAGUGUUCUAAAUUCUAGGGUUGCCAAACUUCCUUCUUUGUUGAAGUCACAGGUUCCACUUAGAAAGAAAAGGAGGCCACAAAUAGCCUGCUGCCUGGAAUGUGUGUGGAUCUCACUAGGAAUCUUGCUUUUCUCUAUCUCUGUUUUCUGUUUCCAUGUUUGCUGCACCUCCAUGCUGUCAUUAUACCUUUUUCUACCUAGACUCAUCGAUUCCAGGCCAGCUCAGAAAACCCCAAGCCCAGCUAUCUCGCCACAAAGCAAAAGUGCUUUCAUUUUUUAAUUUAAUUUUAAUUCAUUUGAUCUUUUUUUUAAUAGGAGGCAGAGAGAAAGGCAGUAAAAAAAGACCACAGCACUGAAGCUUCCUUCAGUGCAGGGUGUGUGUGGGAAGGGGGUGGGGGCAGGCUCAAACGUGGACACAUUGCAAAGCAAUGUACUUUGUAAGUGAGCUUUUUGGCUCAGAGUUAGAAAUCUUUUUAUAAAAUCCAUAACUCAGCAUUUUGUGUUGGAAAUCUCUCUGCACCCAAUUGGUAAUUAUUCCUCAAGUUAUACCAGCGGAGUUCCCUACUCUGAACAACAGUGCCUGCUCACCUGGAGCUGGGAAGAAGCUGUUACCAUUUUGUCAAGAAAAGAAAUAGAUGGACAGUGUCAACAGGUACAAAGGUGACCUUUAUGGCUUAUGGGCCAGAGGUGCUGGACACAAGCUAGUCAGGUCAAAUUGUUCAAAAAUCUCUCUCUGUCCCUUGGCCAACAGGGAGCACAUGUUUGAGGGCUCAGAGUCCAGAUCCCAACACUGUAAACACCAGAAUGAUGCUCUGUGUUCUCUCUACCUUAUUCCUCCUCCAUUAAUAAAUAAAGUUAAUGGGGAGGGGGGAAACCAUCUCUGUAAUAAACAACCUUCAAUUUGUUGUUCUUGUCAAAAUUUCCCUUGGCCUGUCAUUCUGAAAGUGGAGUUUAUAAGGUUUAGAAAACAUCAGUUAGGCCAUCUGAUCUUGGUGGUGGGUGACACACCGGAAAAUUUAACAUUUGGUGCAAAUGUGCUAAGUUACAGUGCACUUCAUUUUGUCACCUUGAGUUAUUUUUUAAGUGUUGCCAUUUGUUUCUAGAAAAAUACCUUGGUUCUGGAACUGGCUCAUUGCUGCCUCUUGUAAAUAUUUGCAACGAUUAUAUUUGCCUUUCCUCUUGCUAACCAUUUCCUCUAACUCAUUAAUGCCAAGGUGAUUGAUCAAAUUAAGUGGAGUGCCAGUGUCUAUGCUGAUGAACUAGCUAUGGGCACCAGAGGUAUGUUGUAUAGGCUCACCAUAACUUGAUAUGUAUUUCUAGCCAGUGAAAUUUUUGUAAAGAAAAAAAAAUAUUGACACUUGAAUGAUUUCUUGUACAUGCUGUGAAUUUAUAUUUGUUGUUUUGUAUCUGUAUAUUAAAAUUAUUUCCCAGA